AUGUCGACCCGUCGUGCGCUUCUCCUCGUCGGCCGCCGGCUCCUCGGCCCAUCCGACUCGGCCGCCGCCCUCGAGGCGCUCGCGGGUACCACCGUCGUGCACGCGCGAGAGAUGUCGACCCGCGGACGGGGAAGGUUCCGCGGAGCGAGGAGGCCCGUCGGCAAGGCCGCGCCGCCCCCCGCGCUCGAGGACCCGUGGGAGGAGGUUAAGGACGAGACCACGGGGCAGACGUACUGGUGGAACGUGCACACGAACGAGACGACCGCGUUGGGGGCGCCGAAGCCGAUGGGAAACACGAGCCUCGCCCCAUCGCAGCAGCAGGCUGGCGCCCCUCCGCCCGUGGGCCAGCCCCCGCAGCAGAGGUCCGUGAUGGGCGCGUUCGGCAGCAUGGUCGCGGAGGGGAUGGCGUUCGGCACGGGUUCGGCCAUAGCACACCGCGCGAUCGGGAGCAUCUUCGGGGGAGGAGGCUACGGGUACGGGGGCGGCUACGGCGGCGGGGGAUCUGCCGCGGGUGGUCCGCCGGCGCCCGGAAGCGCUCCGGAGGUUCCUCCGUCGGACGCGGCGUCGGGCGGGUCGUCGAUGUGGGGCGACGAGUUCGACGCGGACUCCGAUAGCUCGGACGGAGGCGGCUGGGGAGACGUGUUCGACGGGUGGGACGAGUAA